AUGUCUCGGUCCCGUCAUGCAAAGCCUUCCAAAGCAGUCAGGACAGGUCUACAGAAGAAGAAAACGACAUUAAAGCAAGGUGUCAAACAUGGGGAGUCAGGGAAGCUGAACCCUGGAAAGCUGAACCAAGUAACUCAAAGAGAUGGUAAGAAAGAACCAGAAGACAAAAGCCCCACACCACCCAGAAGCCUUCUGACCAGAGCUGGGGCAGCCAGAAUGAAUCAGGAUAGGAUCCAAGUUGAGAGUCCAGAGUCCUUAGCUGCCAGUGGGUUUACAAUGGCUCUACGAAGAAGCUCUCUGAUCAGGCGACUCUCCCAGAGCCCGGUCGUUACACCCAGACCGAAGAAAGUGUCACCUGCUAAGAGUGUUUCGAAGCAACAGUGUCCUCACGAGACCCAGGAUGACGCGGUGGCAGAGCACUCGGAAAAUGAUUGCAUCCCCAGCCAAGACCCCACCUCGUCCCCGGAUCCAGAGAACCUAAUUGGUGAAGAGAGCUUGUGUUUAGUUGAAGGUGAGAUCCAAGAGCUAACCCAGUCUUGGCCUCAAACAAUAGAAGGUUCCCAAAGCUGUCCUGCAACAGAUAUUCCUUCUGGACCACUGGAAGGGACACACAAUGAAGGACUACUCGCUCUUCAUACAUCAGAUGUCAGCACAUCCCCUCAGGAGUGUGUGCCUUUGUCCCAAAGAUCAACACCCGAAGUCACCUCUCAGAAAAACACUAGCAAUCAGUUUGAAGACUUGGGGUCACAAGUAAACUCUCUUAAGCUAUCAGAUCCUCCCCUGAAUCCUGUGGGAAAUGAGUCUAAUUGCUUUCCCACCUCCAGUUUUAAGAUUCUACCUGAAUUGGACCUUAAAAACUGCUUGUCUCUUGAUGGGUCUGUGUAUCCCACAGCUCUGAUAAGAUUCCUCUUGGCAGGCUCACAGCCAGAUACACUUGAUAUGCUUGGUGCUAAACCCCAAGAAGGAACCCUCAAAACUAACCCAGAUCAAGGUGGUUGCUACCCAUAUCAAUUUCUGGAUGGCAUUUCUGCCCUAGGACAGGUUUUCAGUGCUCUCCCACCUCAGUGGGUAUUUCCUGGUGCUAACUUAGUUCCUGGUGAGGCCCUGGGCAAGGUUUCAGGCCUAUCAGAGGAUCUUGGUGCUAUAACUAUGCUAACCCAACAAGGAACUAUGAAUAUGAAUAUGGCUGCUCCCCCAGAUCUGCCUGUCUUCCUUCCCAACCCUAUAGUCCCAUUGGCUACCUACAGUACUCCUCCCGGGCCUGAGCCCCACAGCUUUGCCUCCUGUGGGCUUGAGGUCCAAGGUGCUAUCCCUUUAACUUUGGACUCAGGACAUGCUCCAGCAAACUCCGAGAUAAGUUCAAUACCUCCAGCAAUAGCUGCAACCAGUGUACAAGAUGAGAAGCAGUUUUGUGCAAACCCUUCUCCAGCGAACAGGCAAGGGUUUACCAUUGACCCUGAGAGUGGACUCCAGCGUGCUCCCCUGGAUCUUACCCAGGGCCCUCAGGCUACCUCCAGCAAAGUGGAAGGGGGGAUUUCUCAGGUCAACACGGCCAGCUCCGCUGAUGGCAAAGCCACUGGGAUAUCUAUGCCAGUGUCACAGGCUAGUACCUCUUCUUCUCAAAAAUCGACACUGCCAAUGGUGGAGAGGAAGAAACGCAAGCCGUGCGGGGUCUGUGAGCCCUGCCAACAGAAGACCAACUGCGGUGAGUGUACCUACUGCAUGAACAGAAGGAACAGCCACCAGAUCUGCAAGAAGAGGAAAUGCGAGGUGCUCAAAAAGAAGCCGGAUGCCACUUCUUUGGUGCAGGUUACAAAAGAGAACAAGAGGCCCCAGAGGGAAAAGAAGCCCAAAGUUUUAAAGAGAGACAAUAACAACAAACCAGUAAAUGGCCCCAAAUCAGAGUCCAUGGAAGACAGUCAAUGUGGCCAUGGGGAAGAGCAGAGAUUGGAUUUGAAUUCACAGCCCCUUGAAAAUGUAGGGAAGAAUGCAGAGAGCAUGACAGGAAUCGAGGUGGAGAAUUGGACACCAAACAAGAAAUCAAGCCGAGAGAGUCAAGUCAAGGGAGACCUCGAUACAAAUUUAACUGAGGUUGGAAAGCCCCAGUCCUCUGAAGAUGACAAGCAACAAAGCCAGCCUUCCCCGAUGUUUCCUCAGGCCAUGAGAAACGGCAUGAAAAAUGUGUACUGUUUACCUACGGACACAAACCUUCCAAUCAACAAAUUGGAUCUUGAAGAAAUUAGCAAGGUGCUAGGAAAUAGUUCCUCUAAAUUGCUGCCUGGCCCCUCCAACGGCAAGGAUGCCAUGAACUCUGUCGCUUCCGAUAGGAGCUGUGAUCAUCUCAAGGGGUCGAGCGACACUUUGUUCUUCCAGAAGCCUGGCUUGAACUGCCAAUCUGCUGCAGCCUCCACCAUCCCUAAGGAUCGUCCUAAGACACACAGCUCUGGCUGUCAACCCCAAAGUCCCGAGAAGAUACCUAGUAAAGACCCUAAAGAUGACUCUCCAGUUCAGCCAAGCCUUCUAUCACUAAUGAAAGACAGGAGACUCACCCUGGAACAAGUGGUAGCCAUUGAAGCCCUUACGCAGCUUUCAGAAGCUCCAUCCGAGAAUUCCUCUCCAUCAAAGCCAGAGAAGGGUGAAGAAACAGAUCAGAGGACAGCUAGUCUGCUUGACAAUUGCAAGGCUAUCCUUAAUUCUGUGAGAGAAGACCUCCAAGACACAAACAUAAAGUGUCUUCAGCACCAGAACACAGAGUUCAAGUUGCCGGAUAGUUCAGCUACUAACCAAACACUUGAAGAUUCAGAUUCACUUACAGCUGGAGACAAACCUACCCUUGAUAGUUCUAAGAAUUUAUAUCCAUUGCCAGUAGAAAGUCAUAAUCCAGAAGACUGCAGUCAGGCACUAAACGGCGACCAAAAGUUGAAUUCCCAGUAUGAGCCACCAUGCCAGGAUGUGCCCUACAGUCAAAUUGAAGAAGAUGUUGCAGCCCAAUUAACCCAGCUUGCAUCUACAAUUAAUUACAAUCACAUAAACCCAGACGUCAAGAAUGCCGGAAGUACACCAGGGAGCCUUGCUGCAAAGAAUACACAGCAGAAACCUAGUCAGGAGAAAGGCAUGGCACAAGAGAAACCAGCAUCGAGUAUACAAAACAAACCUAGUGUACCACCAGCAAAGCCAAAGAACAAGACCCAGAAGAAAGCAAAACAAACCCCCAAAACAGACAAGCGGAAAAAGGAACCUCCUCUCCCUAGCUCUCAAGAAAACGAUCAGAAGCAAGAGCAACUUGCAACUCAAUAUAGUAAUAUGCAUGACAUUUGGAUAUCAUCCAAAUUUCAAAGAUUUGGCCAGUCUGGUCCACACAGUGUUCCUAACAUGUUUGGAAACCCUGCUAUCUUUUCCCAGAAAUUGAAACCAAUAGCUCAGAAUAACAUACCCUUACAACCCUAUAUGACAUUUCUUCCUCUCCGUCAGAUAAAAUUUACAAGACAAUCUGAACUGGCAAAGGAGAAUGUUAAAGUCGAGCCACCAGAUGCUCUACCAACAUGCCAAAUCAAGACAGAAUCCAGCGGGCAGGCAAUUGCAGAGCCGGUAGAUAAUUCUCAGGUACAGUCCUCAGUGAAUAGCAGUGAGAAAGCUCACCCUCUGCCUCAGCCCUCCCCUCAGUCCAACCAGUGUGCUAACAUGAUGCCUGGUGCUGCUCAAACACAGUUACAACUAGGCGCUCAAGAGAACCUGGUGCAUCCGAUACCACCGACGUUGCCUGGUACCUCUCCUGAGUCACCCUUGCCAGACCCAGCAUCCAUCCUCAGGAAAGGGAACGUGUCGGGUUCCAACGGAAUGGCAGGUGUGAAUGCGAAGCCAGAAGCGCAAGCACCAAGCCAUGGACCACGGAGUGACUCCGCCACACACAGUGUCCAGAUGGAGUUUUUUGAGCACAUCAAGAAAUACCUUAGAGACCCUGCAAAAUUCUUGCAACCCGAAGUGAAUGAGACAGAAGAGCCAACCUGUGACUGUAAUGAUGGAGGUACACAAAAAGACAAAGGCCCAUAUUAUACACACCUGGGGGCAGGACCAAGUGUUGCUGCUGUCAGGGAGCUCAUGGAGACUAGGUAUGGCCAUAAAGGAAAGGCAGUACGAAUUGAGAAGGUAGAGUACACGGGGAAAGAAGGCAAGAGCUCGCAGGGCUGCCCAGUCGCCAAGUGUAUACUUAGAAGAUCCGGUUCUGAAGAGAAGAUUCUUUGUUUGGCCCGGGUGCGACCCGGUCACUUCUGCGCGACGACGGUGAUGGUCGUGGUUAUCAUGAUCUGGGAAGCCAUCCCUCGCCCGAUGGCCGACUAUCUGUAUGAGGAGCUCACAAUAAACUUGAGGUCCUACAGCGGGCAUCCCACUGACCGCAGAUGUACCCUCAACGAAAAUCGUACCUGCACCUGCCAAGGCCUCAAUCCAAAGACAUGUGGCGCUUCUUUCUCUUUUGGCUGUUCGUGGAGCAUGUUUUUGAACGGCUGUAAGUUUGGGAGAAGCCCAAACCCCAGGAAGUUCAGACUUGCUCCAAACUAUCCAUUAAACAGCUACUAUAGGAGAAUUACUGGAUCACGACGUUUUAGCAGAAGAAGACGCAUGAGACCCGUAAAACCCAGACAGAUGUUUCCAGAACACAGGGCUCAGGAAAAGAAACUUGAAGAGCUUUUUCAGAAAUUGGCUGACGAUUUAGCUCCCAUUUAUAAGCAGAUGGCUCCGGUGGCUUAUCAAAAUCAGGUGAAAUAUGAAGAUGUCGCCGGAGACUGUCGACUUGGCACUAAGAAAGGCCGUCCUUUCUCUGGUGUCACCUGUUGCUUGGAUUUCUGUGCCCAUUCUCACAGGGACAUUCACAACAUGAUUAAUGGCAGCACUGUGGUUUGUACUUUGCUUCGUAAAGAUGUCCGCGACAAGAAUAAUCCCGAGGACGAACAGCUCCACGUCCUCCCAUUACACCGACUUGCCGACACCGAUGAAUUUGGCUCCCAAGAGGGAAUGGAAGAAAAGAUCCGCUCUGGGGCCAUUGAGAUCGUUCAGCCAUCAAGGAAGAAGCAACUACGUUUCAAUGAGCCUAUUCCUCGGUGUGGGAAGAGGAGGACCACUAUGCCCCAUUUUAUUUUCAAAGGUUCAGACAACACUAAAAGCUUCUCAUCAGCCUCAUCUACUCAUCACCCGGUGAAUGAAGAAGCAGGUACCUGUACGUACAAUAACACAGCCUCAGGCGGGUUUCCAGAAACAAGUAGCGGUGUCCCCUGUACAAUGCCCUCUGGUGCUAAUGUAGCUGCUGGUGCUGGAACUGAACAGCCUGGUGAAGCGGCUGCUCUUCCUCAGCCCUCUCUCCCCAUAGCAGACACCCCUCUCUCUAGCCCAUCCGAGCAGCUACCAUUCCUCAACUGUGCUCAUGAACCGGAUUCCUGUCAGGUGGAAGACGGGCAGCACUCUGAAGCAGAGGAGCCUCUCUCAGAUGGUGCCCUCUCAGAUGACCAAUCCUCCGAGGACGACGAACCUGAGAUUCAGGAGUAUUGGUCAGACAAUGAGUUGAUCUUCCUUAACCCUAGCUAUGGCGGAGUGGCCAUAGCACCCAUUCAUGGUUCAGUGAUGAUCGAAUGUGCCCGGAGAGAGCUUCAUGCCACCACCCCUGUGGAAAAUGCCAACCGAAAUGACCCCCUACGGAUGUCCCUGGUAUUCUACCAGCACAAAGGCCUGAUUCUCCCCAGUCAUGGUUUUUAUUUCAACAGGAUUAAGUUUGAGUCUAAAAUUUUUAAGAAAAAGGCUGCAGAACGGAAGGGUCCUGAUAAAUCAUCAUUUGUAGCCAAUUUACUGUGCAAUAUUCCUUCUCGUAUUGCACCAACCUUAACCCGUGACAAUGUUGUCACUGUGUCCCCUUACGCUCUCACUCAUGUUGCAGGACCCUACAACCAUUGGAUCUGAAGGCUUUUUUCCCAUAAUGCCUUUGCUAGUGCAGUGUAGUUCCUACGGUG